GUCCAUGAAGGAGGAACUGAAAUACCAAGAAUCCAAGAUGCAGCAGUACAAGAAGGAGGUGGAGAAGUUGCGGAGUCAGCAAUCUCAAAGAGCUUCCAGCAGCACACCAGGGUCGGACUCUAUCGAAGAGAGGCGACCGGAAGCAACCGGUGGUUCAGGCAUCAUUGAAAGCUGUGCGAUCUUUGCAGUCAAGGCAGAGAACUAUAAAUUAACCAAAUCACUGGAGAAGACUAAAAAGGAACUGGAGUACAAAGAUCUUAAGUACCAUGAUGAAGUUACAAAGAAAACUCAUGCUGAACAAGAUGCAAGAUACUGGAAGGAAAAGGCGCGCUCCUUGGCCAGUCACCUCAAGAGGGCGCCACAGAGGAGCGAGUCAGUGACGUCCUCUCCUCUGAAGGAGCGAAACACAAACGACGUCACCGUCGCAAAGAAAUCACGACUUGACGACUCGACCGGGACCAAGUACGUUGAGAAGAUUGGUGGCCUGAAGAACUCAUCAUCAUCUGAAUCGUCAACGUCGUCAUCUUCCACAUCGAAGUCGAAGCGAGCAGACUACAACUGGCUGGGCAAAGCGAUUGCAGAGAGAGAUGCUGAAGAGAAACCUGAGGAUGACCCACAGCAGUGUGCCACGCAGUGAUGACCCACAGCAGUGUGCCACGCAGUGAUGACCCACAGCAGUGUGCCACGCAGUGAUGACACAACCAAACAGGCCUCCAAAUAACCCCUGGCACCCACGGUAGCUGCCAUAAACCUAUUCGCUUGCAGAGAGAGAUGCUGAAGAGAAACCUGAGGAUGACCCACAGCAGUGUGCUACGCAGUGACGACACAACCAAACAGGCCUCCAAAUAACCCCUGGCACCCACGGUAGCUGCCAUAAACCUAGUCGCAAAUACUGGAGCGCGCGCACAAAGCUUGGAAUUAGGUGCAUUGUGGUCUAGCUGGUGUCCAAAUUUGAUCCAUAUCUAUCCCAUAAUGCACCUCAUUCAACAGUCUGCACUUGCGCAAUGGUAUUGGCGAAAAUUUCUGUGGUGCUUUUGCUGUAGUGCCCUGGCAAUACAAUUUUAAAUUUUUCUCGUAGAAGUGCCCCUUAUAUCGGGGGGAAAUUGCUGUACCCCUUCAAGAGCAAGGCUCAAGGCCUGACCCAAGUCUUUGUUAUAACAGGGGUUUGAGGUGUUAUGGUCGGUGUCUCAAUGUGGACAUUACUGUGGAUUUCCAGCGGUAUCUCAAAAACUUGAACACCUUUUGAAACUAAAUUAUUCACAGGUUAGUUUCACAUGGAUGAUUGAACCAAUCAAAUAGAUACCAAAAACCAAGGGUAUACUUUGCCUUUAAAGCCAUUAUACACUUUCGGUACAGAAAAAACCCAAAAAGUUCACAGAUUAACAAAUA